AUGAAUUUGUAUUAGCAGCCAUUAUUUUGGCAUCUGUUUAAUUAUCCGUAAAUUAUAGAUUUAUUUCCAUCGGAUAGUUUUAUGAUCAAUUCUAAAUUUGAUUCAAAAUAAAUCCUGGAAAUAAUCUAAUAAAAAGAUAAUCUCAAAAAUUCUAUUGAGAGAUUUGCUCCAAUCAAUAGAGAAGCUUUUGGUUUAAUUAAUUAAGCUUUAGAUUUUAUUGGAAAUAUUUAAGGAAAGAAGCUUUAAAGUAGAGUACUUAAUUUAAAUUAAAUUUUACAAGCCUUUACAAUAGAUAGAUCUGAAUAUAGAAGAGAAAUAGAAUAGCAUCUUUAUAUUUGA